AUGGACUCCCUGCGACACACACCGCCACUACCACAAGCAAAUCCAGCGUCCCUAGUAGGGAGAGAUAAGGAAAAAGAGACCAAGACCAAGCGUAAGAAAUUCACGAGAAGGAGGAAGAAGAAGGCGGCUGACACGAUCAUCGAGAACGAGGCGACCACGGGACCAGAGGAGGGCGCGAAGAAGAAAAAGAAAAAGAAAAAGAUGAGGUCAUGGCCUGUGCGAGAACGAGAAAAGGAGCAAGUCUUGUCCCCGGCGAAGAGCGAGGCGUCUGUAAAAUCCUCCGGCUACGCUGUGAAAGGCACGAGAUUGCUCUCGAGCCUCACUGAUUCCGAAUCCAAACAGAAAGGAUCAAAUGGUGUAUUCGCAGGCGAAGAAAGACUACCAAAAGGACUAAGGUCAAGAGGCGCCCGUGGCGCCGCGCGCAAGUAA